AUGGGUGUGACUGGCAUCUCCACGGUUACGCUGCCCUCGUCGGCCGAGUUCAGCCUCGCAGCAAAGGAUGGUCAAAUGUACAAAAUCCAGGCGUCGUGGCCGAUGGAGUGGCGAAGCAGACAAGGUCACGAACACGUAGCCGUGCCAUACGCCGUCGACGGCAACGCCAUGUUCCUGACAGCAGCAGAGGCGGCCUGGCGAAGAGCCACUGGUCCUCAUUACAAAGGCGGAUGCGUCGUCGUCAGCAUCGGAUAUCCCCUGAAGGGAGCUGUAUUCAGCCCAAGACGAAACUACGACUUGACACCCCCUAGUCCUUCGGCACCAGUAGGGUUCGGCGGCGCAGAGCACUUUCUCGACUUUGUUCAAUACACGUUGAAGCCGUUGAGAGGGAAGAGCUUUUGA